AUGAGUCAGUGGAGAUGUUUUUCUCAGCGAACGAACUGUAACGUUAACUCACAACAUCCGAAGAACUCCUUCCGUUGCUUUCCCUCAUCCUGUUGCAGUUGUGCGACGAUGGACGUGCACCCUAUUCUAUCCGCAGUGCCUCUUUUCGGUUGGGUGCCUGCCCCACUCCCCACUCGAACACACACACCUCCUCUGUGGAAUCCUUUAGCGUGUUCACCACCGACUGCAAACACUAUAGGAAGGGAAGGAAAGUGGUUGAGGUACCACUGGAUGGAAACCCCCGAUAACGUUGUUCUUGAAAAAAAUGGGCAAACCAUGAAUCUCAACUCUGCUCCCGUUGUUAACAGUGGUAGUAGUCGGUGCUGCCGAUGGAGGGAUUAUCUUCUGACCGUGUCCACUGCGUACCGCGCGCUCAUUGCCGAACGCGACGAGGGUUGGAGGUCUGAGGCACUGGAUAUGUGGUAUCAGCGACGUCAAAGGCACUCAACCCAAGGCGGGCCUGAGGAGGACUCCAAGAAGGCGAGCAGCGGCACACAUGUGGCACCGGUUACCUCCUUUGCGAGAACCGAUGUUAGUAAACUCUGCCAGCGGUACUGUGAUCAUGCGAAGCGUGUCUUACGCACAGUGGCGCCGGAAUACUUCUGUACCGCUCCUCCAGCACUCUCUCGCCCGACGCAGCAGUCAGCGGGAGAUGCCACGGCGGCACCUACGUUCCUUGAUCUUGGAUGCGCACCCGGAGGGGUUUCGAAGUACCUUGUGACAGAACUUCGAUGGUCUGGGAUAGGCGUUUCGCUUCCUGUUGACCGUGGUGGGAUUGCCUUCGAUUCCUCAUGGAGAAAUUUUCCCACAUCAAAGGGACGCUUCGAGUUAAUUGAAGGGAGUAUACUGGAGGAGGACUGGCAACAGCACCGUGCGAUCAAGGGAAGGGAUUUUUACUUCGUCAACGGGGGUGCCGUGCAGGACUACGGUCAGCGCGAGGAAGAAACGAGUGGCGACAGCGGUGAACUACCCACGAAUGACGGGCAUCCUGUGUUGCCAUGGUUUAGUUUCCUUGUUCCGCAGCUGCAGAUCGCUGUCAAACAUGUUCGUGAUGGCGGAGUAAUCAUGUUUGUCUUUGGUCGUCCGGAGUGCGCGAGCUUUCCUAUCCUACUUGCACACCUCCGCCCAUUAGUUGCUGGUUCUAUUCACAUUAUGGAGACAAUGCACGCAGCCAAAACUCCCGUCUAUGUUCUUCUGACGGGAGUACGCGUAACCCGCACGAUGGGCACCUGUGAGGCUUGGGACCGCCUGCUGAAACUUCUCACAGAGGGUUCCAGGGAGUAUUGGUUAGGGAAUACCGACGAAUCACUGGAGCUGGCGAGGGUUGGCUUUCAGCGGCAUCGGUUGGAGUUGGAGAAGGUGUGGGAAAGGAGCUUUGAAUUCUUGCAACGGCGUCGACGCAGCGCAGAGAGGGCGAUGCAAUGGAACGAGAGUGGGAGAACGGCAAAGCGCACAAGGGAAGAGGAUGCCCGGUAA